UAAUGCUUCUGGGAUCCCUCGGGCUCGGACGCCGGUAGUGCUGAGCGGCAUCUAGUCGGCGGCGUGCUCCCGUGGCGGCGACUUGGGCGAGAUGCAGCGAAACGGGGUGAUGGAAUGCACAGCGUGCCGCUCCCGGCUGGUGGCGCCGAGCCCGCGGAGCGUGUCCAGGGCGUACGACAAGCACCACAACAAGAUAACGUCCAAGUUCCGCGCGCUCAAAUUCCUCCUCGUCGUCGGCGACUGCAUGCUCGUCGGCCUCCAGCCCAUCCUAGUGUUCAUGUCAAAAGUAGAUGGGAAGUUCCAGUUCAGCCCCAUCAGUGUUAACUUUUUGACGGAGGUUGCAAAAGUUAUCUUUGCUAUCGUGAUGCUAAUUAUUCAGUCUCGAAAGCAAAAGGUUGGGGAAAAACCACUUCUGGCACGUUCAACCCUUAUACAGGCAGCCCGCAAUAAUGUACUCCUAGCUGUCCCUGCACUUCUAUAUGCCAUCAACAAUUACCUUAAAUUUAUCAUGCAGUUGUAUUUCAAUCCUUCAACUGUGAAAAUGCUAAGCAACCUAAAGGUACUGGUCAUAGCUGUUCUUCUGAAAUUUAUAAUGAGAAGGAGGUUCUCUGUUAUUCAGUGGGAAGCUCUUGCUCUAUUACUUAUUGGGAUCAGCAUCAAUCAACUUCGAACUGCACCUGCGGGCGAUACAGCAUUUGGUCUUCCUAUCACUGCUAUCGCAUACAUCUAUACACUGAUUUUUGUAACUGUUCCAUCACUAGCUUCUGUCUACAACGAGUAUGCAAUGAAAAGUCAAGAUACUAGUAUUUAUCUUCAGAAUUUAUUUCUGUAUGGAUAUGGUGCAAUAUUCAACUUCCUCGGCAUCCUUGGGACGGCCUUAUUCCAAGGGCCCGAGAAUUUUAAUAUCCUUCAAGGGCAUUCAAGGGCUACGAUGUUUCUCAUAUGUAACAAUGCUGCGCAAGGCAUUCUUUCUUCAUUCUUCUUCAAGUAUGCAGAUACAAUUUUGAAGAAGUAUUCCUCAACUGUUGCCACAAUUUUUACUGGUCUAGCUUCUGCUGCUUUUCUGGGACAUACCUUGACUAUUAACUUUCUCCUGGGCAUAUCAGUGGUGUUUAUUUCAAUGCAUCAGUUCUUCUCACCUAUAGCUAAAGUCAAAGGCGACAAACCAGGUGCAUUAUUGGAGUUGCAAGAUACACAGAAUCAUCGGUCAUCUGAUUCUUCUUUUGUAAAUAUGACUGCUGGUGCUGCUGAGGACGCUAGCCAUCAGCUUGGAACUGAUGAGAGGCAACAACUGUUGCCAAUUUGAAACGUAUAUUUUGUAGGUAGGAUAGAAGACACUUUUUCCAGGUGGUUCCAACAGUUGGGGGACAGCAGAUUUUGUGUGGUGCUGCGAGUGAAAUAAACUACUGUACACUGUAAAGGCAAAGACAGAAGUUACAAAUGUGUUCCCUUUUCCAUUUCAUUCUUUUGGAGGGGGUGCGACCGUGCGUGGCCAGGUGGCGCAUGAUAACUUGGAUAGUAAGGAUAUACUUCCUCUGUCCGGAAAUACUUGUCAUUGAAAUGGAUGUAUCUAGAUGUAUUUUAGUUCUAUAUACAUCCAUUUUCAUCUAUUUUGAUGACAAAUAUUUCCGGACGGAGGGAGUAUUAUCUCCACAGGAAGUCCCCAAUACGAUACACAUAGAAAUUCAUUUUUCCCUGGAGCAUGUUGCGUACAGUCAAAAUGAGGUAUUCUUUUGUACGGAAUUUUUGAGCUACCGAUCAUUAUAACAAUUCGUUAAUACUUGGUUCUUCUGGUGCUUA